UAAACUUGAUGAAUACAUCCUGAAAAUGGCUUUGGGGAUAAUGACAGUAUAUGGAUGUGAUUGGACGGAGGAGCAGAUAUAAAGUGUUUGAGGACCUACGUGGAUCUGUUUGGGCCUACAACUACGUCCAUUCACUGAGCGGAUUCGGGAUUACCCAUCGAGGACUCGAAAAGAUAGGAGAGAACAAGGCCAGUUUCUUCGGUAAAAUUAUCCAGUCAGGUUCCCAUCUGAAGUCCAUCCAGAUGAUCCUUAAUAAGACAGCAGACGGUACAGGCAUCGACUCCAACACCCUAGCCUUACAGAUGAAGGGCCAUCCUGAGCUGAGGGACAAGCUUCAUGUCGUCACCUCAUGGGGGCCUUUGCCUGUCUACCCUGGGGUGGUCAACUCAGAAUUACCUGAGGAUCUCAAGACAUCUAUCACCAGGCAUCUUCUCAACAUGCAUCUCGACCCCAAAUGGCAAGCUCAACUGAACCAAUACAUGGUGUCCAAAUUUGUGCCGGUUACACUGGAUCAGUACAAAGGAUUGUUCAAAUAAACAAACAAAUGUUCCAAUAAACCAAAAAGGGAAACCGACGAUUAGUGCAUUAUGAAAUAUAUUGCAUUAUUAUAAUAUAACAAUUGUAACAAAAUAACGAGACAGUGUUAUAUUU